AAAGAAAAAAAUGGCCCAUCACCAAGUCUUCUUCUUCGUUUACCUGCUCGCAGCACUAGCCACCUUGCAUGGCUCCUCCGCCGUCGACUACACCGUCACAAACGAGGUCCCCACGACUCCCGGAGGCACCGUAUUCGACAACGAGCUCGGCGUCGAGUACACGAGGCAGCAAAUGGAUUCGGCCUCGCAGUUCAUCUGGAACCUUUUCAGGCAGCCCGACCCGGCUUCCAGAAAGAACGUUCAAGGCGUUAGCCUAUUCAUAGUCGAUAACCUGGAUCCGAGAGCAGUCGCCGUCACCAGCAACGACAAGAUCAACGUCAGCGCUAAAUCGAUGGAAGGUCUAACCGGCGAUCAACUGAAACGGAGCUUCAACGGGGUGCUUUACCACGAGAUGGCUCACGUGUGGCAGUGGAACGGGAACGGGCAACAGGGGGACGGCCAUCUCGGGGGAUUGAUAGAAGGGAUAGCGGAUUUCGUACGGCUGAAAGCUGAUUACGUUCCCGAUGGGUGGGCACGACCAGGAGAUGGCGAGAAUUGGUACGAGGGGUACGCCGUUACGGCCUGGUUUUUGGACUAUUGUGAGGGUCUGAAAUCUGGGUUCGUGGCGGAGCUUAACGGGAAGCUCAGAGAUGGGUACAGCCCCGAUUUCUUUUUCCAGAUUCUGGGCAAGACUGUUGAUCAGUUGUGGACUGACUACAAGAAUCAGCCAAGAAAUUAAACACACGUCUAUGCAGAGGGAGAGAAUAAUUAAUAAUCAAUUACUUAUGAAUAAGCUCUACCUCUCUAUUUGUACUUGACUACAUGAUUGAAUAAAGGAUGAUUACAUCUAGGGGUAAA